GGUGACUGCUUUCUGCUACCUCAGAAGAGCCAGUCAGGGACCCCUCCUGCAACAUUAAAGUUUUUCUUUUGAUUUCUUUGUUAAACCCUCAAGCAAUAUUUUCUGUUAGAUACAAAGACUCAGGUGGAUAUAGCACUCAAAUACGGUAAAGACUCACAUGAUUGGAAAUUUCUAGUCACUUUCAGGUUCCAUCCUUCUUACCUGUCCAGCACUGGGGAGAUAUCCAGCUUUCUCUGCUCCUUCUGACUUCAUUCAAAACCUCCUAAUCUGCCUAACAUAAUCCUGGAAACAAUCAGACAAAAAAAGCUACACCAGGCCAAGACCAUGCAGCGCUGCCUGUGGUCAUACAUCAUAACUGCUGUGUCCUUAAUCUUUCUGAGCUUCUUCUUCCAAGAGAAUAACAAAGAGUAUCUUGACUACAGUGUGUCAUUGGAGGAAGAAAAGAAGAAAAUAGUUUGGCAGCUACAUAAGGAGCUAGUCACUAAUGAAAGCAAGAAUCAUCUAGAGACCUUCAAGGAAAUGCAGAAAAACUCCCCUUUACUCCAACAUGCUAACUACAAACUCCUGGCUGGAGCUCCUCCCCGGAAAAAGAAGCUGCUGACGGUGGGGAUUUCCUCAGUGAGGCAUCCUUCAGAGAGCUACCUCCUGGACACUCUGAAGUCCCUGUUUGAAGGUUCCACAGAAUCUGAGCUGAACUGCAUUGUGGUGCUGGUCCACCUGUCAGUCCCUGACUCUGAGUUGCUCGGCCAAGUGAUUGCCAAUAUCCAAAGCCUUUUCAAAGCACAUCUCGAGGCCCACAGGCUGCUUGUGAUCCAAGGUCAUCUUGGUGCCUCUCCUCCCCCAGGAGAUCUGAAGAGCGCCAGGAACUCCUCACACUGCGAGGCACUUUAUUCCAGGCAGAAAGUCAGUUACUCCCUGCUCAUGAACUUCGCCAUCAACAUCUCAGAAUACUUUCUGAUGCUUGAAGAUAAUAUUCGCUGUGCCCCCAAGUUUGUGUCCACCAUCUACUGGACAUUAUUAGCCUGGAAAGAUCUACCUUGGGUAAUCCUGGAGUUCUCCAGUCUGAGUUUCUCCGGGAAAGUUUUCCACACCCAUGACCUCCACCGCCUGGCGUCUUUCUUCCUCCUCUUGCAGCGGGACAUUCCCACUCACUCACUUCUCUCUGAAUUCCAGCUCCUCUUGGCCCAAAGUGUCCCAAUUCGUUUCAGUCCCUCUGUCUUCUACCACUGGGACAAUUAUUCUGUGUUCCAGGACACGUGCUUUCCCGUGCAGGAGGAAAAGAUCUUCGGUGAACCAGACAACCCCAGUGCCAGUGUCCUCACUGACAUGAUGACAAUAUCCAACAUUAUUCCAGAUUAUGCAUAUUUUCUGAACAAGGAGUGCUUUUCUACCCUCGAUGCUGUAAGAGGCAACUACUUGACUGUGGUUUUUGAAAGGCCACAAAAUGUGAUCCGGAUAGAGGUGCUGACGGGUUCUGAAGAACAAAAGCAGUACCAGAUGCAACACGGGCAAGUAGAACUGGGCUAUGAUCCCCUCAAGAAUGCCAAAGGCUGUGCUCGCUAUAGUCUGCUGGGGCCCCUGGUUGAAGGAAAUUUGGAUCAGAGGGUGUUUUAUGAAACAGAUUCUGUGGAGGAGCUGAGUUGCAUACGACUGCUCGUGCUAGCAUCUCAGGAGUCUUUGCUCCUGAUCAGGCAGAUCAAAGUCUGGACUCAGAAUGAGGAAGAAGAGACUUCGAGGGAAAAGGAAAUUCUGCCUGAUGGGGUUUGAGGAUGAAAUCUACAUGGUUGGCAAGAAAUAAAGCUAGAAAUUGAACAAGGCCUGCUCAUUCC